AUGGUUUCUCAGAAAGUAAUUUGGACGUCAUCUAAGAUUAUUGCUCGCUUAGGAAAAGAAAUCAAUGAUGAGAGUUCAUACCUUUACUGGGCAUACAAGAAUAACAUCCCAGUGUUCUGUCCUGCCAUUACCGAUGGCUCAAUAGGGGAUAUGUUAUACUUUCACUCCUUUCGCAGCCCCCCAGGUUUGGUUGUUGACAUAACGCAAGAUGUCAGAGCCAUGAAUGAUGAAGCUGUCAAUGCCAGUCCGAGGAAAACAGGUAUGGUAAUUCUAGGAGGAGGACUGCCUAAGCAUCACAUAUGCAACGCAAAUAUGAUGCGCAAUGGUGCAGAUUUUGCCGUCUACAUUAAUACUGCACAAGAGUUUGAUGGGAGUGACUCUGGAGCCCGUCCUGAUGAGGCUGUAUCUUGGGGGAAAAUACGAGCCAAUGCUAAAACUGUUAAGGUACACUGUGAUGCUACCAUUGCUUUCCCUCUGGUGGUUGCAGAAACAUUUGCUCAAAGACAAAGCAAAUCCGUUAAGUCUAAGAGUGCCAACUCAAUAUUAGACAAUUCCAACGGGAUUAUGAAAUAGCUUCUUUCCGUAUGCUUUAAUUGUAUGCAAGUCUGCUUUGUUUUAUAGUUCUGCUGGAACUUGAUCAUGGUCUUGAGAGUUGGGGGACUAUAAGAAUAAGUUAAAGUGAGCAUGAAAGAACUGUGAGAGCAAAUAUGGUUAAUUAGAUAAUUCAUGUCAUGUUUAUGAGUCAUUUAAUUGCUUGUAUUGUUGUGCUUCUGGAGAUAAAAAACUGUAAUUUCCUGUGGUGUUCAAGUUGUGACUAGCUAGUUUCUUUAUGAUCAAAGUCAAACCAUAUCUCACUAUGUCAAGAUCUACAUUACUACUAAAGGGUUUAAAACUGAUUUAGUGGAUUGUACUUGAAGAACACGAAAUAUGAGUAAUAAUGACCUUUU